CGGUUCCGUUUUAACUUCCUUCCAAACCGCACCAAGUCUCCCCCUUGUCUCGUUGAAACCCGAAUCCAUGGCAGAGCCUUCCUUCCUCGAUCCCAAUCGCUCGAUGCAUCCCUCCACUGCGCCAUUCUUCGAUCUCGACCUCUCUUUCGACGAUCUCCCCCUCGCCGCCGACUUCGACGCCGAUUUUCCCUUCCCCGACUUCGACAUCAGCACCGAUUUCCCCAUCGAGGAUUUGCUCCGGUCGCCGGAGGACCAGUCGUUCCCUCCCUCCGUCGAUGGGUCCCCGGCGCACAAUUCCAACGACGGAUCCGACAUCUUCUCGUCACAUCCGCAUGAAAGUUCCGAUCUUGGCCCCUCCUCCCCAGAUUCCGGCAAUUGCUCCCGUGUCGACAGCCAGGAGGUGAAGCUGGAGGAAGGGAAAAGUGGGUGGACCCCCAAGAGGAAGAAGGACAGAGAGGACGGAUGCGUUAACUCUAACCCUAGGAGCAGCAAGCAUCGGCGGUCGGAGGAGGGGAACUCCGCGAGUGUUUUUAAUGCGGGGAGCGAGGGGGAGGAGGAGAAGAGGAAGGCGAGGCUGAUGAGGAACCGGGAGAGCGCCCAGCUCUCGAGGCUGCGGAAGAAGCAUUACGUUGAGGAGCUGGAGGAGAAGGUAAAGUCCAUGCACUCCACGAUCAAUGAAUUGAACACCAAGAUCUCCUACAUCGUGGCAGAGAAUGCGAGCUUACGGCAGCAAUUGGGUGGAAGCGGCGGGAAUUGCCCGCCGCCGGGUGUUUACCCUCCUCGACCGAUGGUGCCCAUGCACUUCCCGUGGAUCCCGGGAUAUGCGCUGAGGCCCCAAGGGUCUCAGGUUCCUUUGGUUCCUAUACCUAAACUGAAGCCCCAGCAGCCCGCCUCAGCUCCGAGGGCCAAGAAAUCUGAGAGCAAGAAGAACGAGAGCAAGAUCAAGAAGGUUGCGAGCGUGAGCCUUUUGGGGCUGUUGUUGGUUAUGCUUUUUUCCGGAAGUGUAGUUCCAGGAGUAAAUCUUGGGAAUGGAGGGCGUAGAGAUGAAGUAUCUGGUGGAUUAGCUGUCGUGAAAGGGGGGAUUUUUGGACGGUCUAAAGGUAGGAUUUUGAGUGUCAGUGGUCGUGGUAGUGGUCUGAAUAGUACUGAUGAAAUUGGAUUAUGUGAUGGAAAAAUGGGUUUUGGUGAAGGAGGUGUUGAGAGGCGCACUGGUAGGAGAUGCGAGACUGGAGUGGAUGGGUCUGUGUUCAAAGUGAAACUGAACCCGAGCGAGACUCUUCCUGCAUUGCUGUAUGUUCCAAGAAAUGGAAAGCAUGUGAAGAUUAAUGGAAAUUUGAUAAUCCAUUCUGUUCUUGCUAGUGAGAAGGCCAUGGCACAAACAAAAUCUAUAGACCAGGUGAGGCAAUCAUCAACUAAAGAAGGUAAAGAGACUGGUCUGGCUAUCCCUAAUAAUGUGGCUUCGGUACUAGCCCUUCCUAAAAGUGGAAGGGAGGUGGAUCGACGUUCUAACUAUUAUAGGGGCUCAGCUGAACAUCAGAGAGCACUUGCUUCUGACUCUGAAGAUGUAUUUGGGGACAAUUCAAAGUCAAUUCCAGUUGAUGGGCCCUUGCAACAAUGGUUCCGUGAAGGAAUGACCGGUCCAAAUCUAAGUUCCGGCAUGUGCACUGAAGUAUUCCAGUUUGAUACUCCAGGUGGCAUAAUUCCUGCCACAAAAAUUGUUAAUACUUCUGUUGCUAAUGCUACUGGGAAGCUUCCUCCAUCUGCUCAUCCAAGGAAGAUGAAGAAUAGGAGGAUAAUGUAUCCUGAGCCAAUUCCACUCACUGGAACUACUCUCAAUGGCACGAAACAUUUUAGGGGGCAUUCUGAAAGCAGCAACUUUCAUGAUAAGAAAUCUGUUACUUCGAUGGUGGUCUCUGUGCUGGCUGAUCCUAGGGAGGCUGGUGAUGGGGAUGGCGAAGCCAAGAUGUCACCAAAGUCUCUUUCUCGAUUCUUUGUUGUUGUGCUUCUGGAUAGCGUCAAGUAUGUUACUUAUUCUUGUGUUCUCCCACUCAAAAGUAGCAGCCCCCAUCUUGUGAACUAACUGUUAGGGACAAAGUUAUAGCUGGAUUAUAUGAAACUUGUGGUGAGCAUCUGAUGGGGUUAGUUUAGUAUGGUUAAUGUCUGAUGGGUUGGCUUAUCUCUAGAGCUAAUACAUGUACUUGUCUCAUCUAAAACAUAGAUAUGAUGAUUUUGUUUAAUGAGGCAGGGAGAUGAAUGUAUGCUAGAAGUCACCUGAUUAAAUCUUUUGAAAAGCUUAAUUCUCUGUGGUUGAAGUU